UCUUGAGAUUAUACCAAAUAUCGCAUGGAGUCAUUCCUCUCUUGGCCGGAAAGCUUACCAAGCAGGCGAACCAAAGCCCUUCAAGAGCUUAGAAAUGGAAAAGUAUUUGUGGAUAAGCUUCAAGAAAUGCUCGGUCGACCGGAAAAGAUUGAAUUUGAUCUCCAAUCCGAUAACGGUGUGGUGGUGCAGAUGAUGGGGAUGUUUGAUAACGCCCUUUCGGUCUAUCACUCUUCUAACCUCAACCGGAAUCCUCAUAAUCCAACUAAUAAUGUAAGAUCUCCACGCAGUUGGGAUGAUCAAAAGGCAAAAGAUUACGGUAAAAGCAAUAGGAUUGUGACACCCGUGAAAACAAAAAGAGGAUGUUACAAUAGAAGAAAAAGCGCUUCAACGAUUGUAAAGAUGACCUCUACUUUAAUUGAUGACGGAUAUGCUUGGAGAAAGUACGGUCAAAAAACGAUUCUCAACUCAAAACACCAAAGGAACUAUUACAGGUGUAGUCACAAAUUUGAACAAGGGUGUCAAGCAACCAAGCAAGUUCAAAAAACUGAUAGCAAGCCAUCAAAUUACAAGAUAACAUACUACGGACUUCAUACUUGCAACAAUUUACAAAGAGCUCCUCAAAUAUAUAUGGAAGAUCUAGAUCUCAAUGAUAAUUCGUUCCUUAUUAGUUUUGGCACAAAUACUCCUAUGGAGAACAAUAAAGUUGGCACUUGUUUUCCCCCGGUGAAACAUACACCUAAACCUAAAGAGAAUCGUCCUUCUUUAGGUUCUUUGAAACAUGAACAGGUUUCGUCAUUUAAUUAUCAUACUCCAUACGAUCCGAUCAUUGAACUCUCACAAGUUCCAUCAGAACCUAUGUCUGUGAUAUCAUAUGCGUUAGAUUGUGAGGACAUGGUAUCAUCAGGGGCAUUUUCGUCUCCAUGUAGUACACAUGGCUAUGAGAUAGACGACAUAAGUGAAAACCAUGAGUAUGGUGAUUUUCUCUUUGACAGCUUGUGGUAAGUAGAUCAUGUAACAUCUUCAACAUACAAGUGACACAGAAUGUACUAUUCUUUUAUGAAAUAUAUUUAUAAUAAAUUAUUUA